AAAUUAUUGCCCUGAGUUUUACAUAGGAUUAUGAAAAAAGAAGUUAUGUAUUCUUCGAGUCGUGUAGAAAAAAUAUAUUUAUUUAAAGACAGUUGCUUUCUGUUUACAACCAGACAAGUAUAUUCCAAGCAGUCGUAUAAUUCUUAUCCCGAAAUAUUUAUCUUAGGCUCUAUUUUAUGACCAUAAUCCGAUGGCCGAAAUCAGAGAAAAUAUUAUAAACUAUCUUAAAUUAAAGACAAAACUCGAUAUAGCAGCGGCACGUAUUAUAAAUGAAAAAUUACAUAUAGAAAACACAGCAAUAAAUUACGGAAUUAACCACAAUCUUCUUAGACAAAAAGUUGAAAUUUUGGAAAGAUUGAACGACUAUUUCGAAGAAACUCUUCUAUACGAAAAUGCAGUAAGAAGUGUUAUGUCUAAUCACAAAACUCUGUCAGAAGCAGAAACAUAUUUCAAACUUAGCUCCAAAAUUAUUACAAAAGAAAUUAAUCGAUACAAUAAAUUAUACUCGGCUGGUAAAACGAAAGGACCGUACGAAUAUGACAACCCCUUAGAUGACAAAGGCAGAGUUUUCACAUUUAAGGAGGAGCUAGCGUUAUUGGAUGACUUACGUAACUGGAUAUGGAAAUGUACAUCACCGUGCACUUGCCUCAUUUGUGCGAUGGUGCAAUUGUCCAGUCUAGCUUAUCAGUUUGCUCAAAAGAAAAAUAAAUCAUAUCCUUCAACGUGGGAUUUUUAUCAGCGAGCGGAUAAAAAUUGGCUGAUAGCUUUCGAAAUGGCGCACAGUUGUAGACUUGCAAAAUUAUAUCCUAAUUGCAAAAAUGUAGAACAAUUUUUCGAAACAUGUAAGAAUAAACAGCAACCUUCAUCAUUAUAUAACGAAAGUAAUAUUUUUAAGGUACCCAGUGGUACCCAAAUCUUGCGGAAGAGAAAGUUAGAUAAAUCAUUUAAUAUUGAUAAAGAGAACGCAACCACUUCAGGUAACACAAUAUCCUCCGUUGUUCAAAAUGAUCAAAACACCAAUAGUUUAAUGAACUCAUUAAAUAUCUCUAAUGUAGAAUCAAAUAAUAUAGAAUCGAAUAAUGCAGAAGAAACAGCAAGUGGCAGUUUUCCAAAUUAUCAAUUUGAGAAUAUGCCGGCGCCGUUGAAUUUAACAAAUCAGUUCAACAUACACAAAACAACAAAUAACAUUUCGCAAAAAGAAAAUUUCGAUCCAUCGGAAGCUUAUGGAACAUUUUAAAAGACCAAUAUGCAAUGUCCAUGGAAAUGAUUAGCAAGUGGAUUUUCAUAAAAGGAAUCACAAUCAUUUUUGAGAAAAAAUCCUUAAAAAAAAAAAUGUUCCGAUACUUUAACCCAAUAAACCUAUUUAAUGCUUUUUUAAAGGAAAACAAUAGAAGAAGAAAAUUCAAAUUUUUACAUUUAAGGGAGAAUUUUCAUUAUUAAAAUCCUUAGAUUUUGGAAAACAGUUACAAUUUUGCAAUUGUGAUUUUACGUGAUGAAAAAAUUGGAUAUGGCUUAUCAAUUUGCUCGGGAGAAAAAGAGAAUAUCUACGAACAUGAAAUAUUGAGAAAAAGACGACUGCAAAAUAGAUAACAGAUUUUGAAAUGACAUAUGCAGUCUAAUUUCGCGGUUAAUUUUGCGUAAUGAGUGCUUUAAAUCUUCAGUAAAUCGAAUUUUAUUGUUUUUGUUAUAUUAUGGAGGAAGAAAAAGAAAAAAAGGAAAGAAGUUUUUAAAUUAUUAUUAUUACACUAAAAAAAAAAAAUUGUUAAACUUACUAAAUGCGUUCACUUAAAUACAUAAAUAUUUCAAUUAAAAAAUAUGAUAACAUAUGGUAAUCAAUUGAAAGCAUUUAUGUCAAGUUAACAACUUUUUUUUUUCUUGGGGUAAUGGUAUCAGAAGCAUAGAAUAACUCAAAAAUCUCACCUUGAAUUUUCUUUUUCUGCAAUCUUGAAAAAAUCUCCAUGUAAAUUGUAUCUCCGUAAAUGUUUCGAAUAUUAACACAAUUUUUUCUUCACAAUUUUUUAAAAAAUGACUGAUUAAUCUACGGAUUAUAUUGAUUAGAAAUGAGAUACUUGAAAAAAAGGCGUCGUGUCUAUAUAUCUUAAAAUUUAUUUGUUCAUUGACUUGAUUGUAUUUUCUUCAAAUGCAAAAUUAAUAAUCUUAUAUUCUACCAACUUAUUUUAUUACUUCUAGUUCUAAUGUUUUAAAUAAUAAAAUUGUA